ACCAUUGACGUUUCAAAUAUUGACGCGGCUGCCAAACUCUUUCUCUGAUUGGUCGACGCUGAGCGCAAACGUUCCUCAGUGGAAAAUGCUCUCACAAUGAACUCUCUACUCGUGCACCGUCAGUUCCAUCGAGUUGCUCAUCAGACGCUGGCAACGCUGGUUGAGAGAGGUCGAGUUUGCGAUCGCCUUCGCUCAAAAAGUUAUAUAAAGAGGAAUAGAGAAGACGAAAUAGGAAAUAAAUAACGUCAAAAAGGUACCUUAGUCCUCUACUUACAAGAAUGGUAGCGCCAGUAGACACAGGCGAGAACAUCAGGUCCCUCGUACGGAUACCAGGAAGCGGCCAGGGAAAGCAAGGCAUUUCCACUGUGCUGAUGGACUUGACCCGCGUCUCUACAUUGGCUGCCAUGUCCCCUGUGCCCACCCAUCUCCCGGCUGCCUUGGCCACGGGCAAUUCCGAAAGAAAUCCUCCCGACUUCAAGAUGAAAGGGACGACUUCUCCUGCGAUCUCUCGAGAGAAUCUGCAGCCUUCUGUUCCUCCGCCAGGGAACACGCGAAGCCCGUCGAGUGCGAGUCCUCUUGUCAGCAAGAUCCAGCCGAGGCUUUACGUGGUCAAGAGAGGACAUCCCGUGGCGGCGCAGAGGCCUCAUGCACAGCCUGUCGCCAAGGUAGUGAGGGUAAACACUUCUGCAAGAACUGUGCUUCUCGUGCUUCCUUCAAGAAACAGUAAUGUCCUUAAACAACUAAGGAGAGAGUCGGUCACGCGGAUAGCUGUCGUUACCGGCAAUACCAGGAACCACUAUGAUGCGCAGAGACCCAACAGAAACGGGUAAUACGCUGCUUCAGGUUUUUUUUCUUUUCUUUUAAUUAAUCAGGUAUAUAUAUAUAUAUAU